GACCUCGUGUAUACAGAAGGAUAAGACAAUCGCCAACUAAAGGCCGUAAAGGAAACGUGUCUUUGCUUUCUUUUCAUUGAGGAUUUCAGAAGAUUUUGUAGUUUCUCUUCGAUCUUUUUGGCUCGUUGAUUCGACAAUCUUCUGGAUUCAUUCUCUGAUUUGCCGUCCGGUAACCCCUUCCGGAAUCUGUGUUAAUCGGCGGAGAGGAAGGAGAGACAUAAUUCUUCCUGGAAUUGACUUUUAGGGUUUUCCUUUUCUUCGUCUUGGUUUCCCAGAUCUGGUUUGUUUUCGUCGAGAUUCUCUUUUUGUUUCCAUUGUUUUGAUUGUUUUCUUAUUCGAUAAUUGAAGAAAUCUCAAGCUAUCUUCGAAUCUGCGUAUCGCUCGUUAAGAUUUUCGUAAGGUGUUCUUUAUUGUGAAGAUUGGUGGUUUGAGGUUUUUUUUGUUCUCAAUCGUGAAUUUUCAAUUGGUUAUUCAUACGAUGGCGGCAGGAGGAGUCGAAGUUUCCAGAAGUUCCGUAGCCCUUGAUCGUGCCCGUGAGUUUUAUUCACGCGAUGGUCGCAGAGAUGGUGAGAGGCGUCAAACCAAUUUACCAAGAGAAUUUGAUCGCAGGUGGAAGGAUGGACGACGAGAUUCGUCAAAGGGACCACGCCUGGCUUCUCAAAGAGGAGAAGCCCGAGAAGAAGAUGGUGUUCAAAGACCAUCUGAGAAGAGAAGGAAGUGUUCUCCUUUGGCAUGGGAGAGAGCAGAGAAAGUGGUUCGCCCUCCACUUCAUGAGAAGUCAAUAACAUCCAACCAGCUUGUUAAUGAGAAGAUAUCUUCUGAUGAUCAGGUCUGUGUUGAGCUUGUAUCUACAGUGUCUGUGCCGAUUGUAAAAGCUCAGUUGUCUAACCAGCAUCUUUUUGAUGAUCUUGAGGAGGGCCAGUUGGAAGACGAGCAGGUGGUUCAGGCACCAAAUAUCGCUACGUCUAAAUGGGCGACUUGUUUGGAGUCCCCUAAGUUGAUAGCUGAUGUUGUUAGAAAUUGCCGAUGGAAUAGAAGCAGUUUGACUCCCGAGAGCAGAGAAUUGCAAGUGGAGCCGUUUGAGGAACGGCGAUCCAACUCAUCCGGGUCUGGUGGUGGAUGUCGCAGUUUGGAGCCCCUUAGUGCUCAUGAACAUUCAGAGCAUGAGUUGGAGAGUCCUAUUGAUACGGAUAUUGGCGAAGCAGAAUGUUCUGUUUCUGAUUUGAACAAGUCAGAAACUGAUGAACCAGAGGGAGGCUUGAGCAUGCUAUCCGGUAGUAGAGAUGUUAACGAAUACCAGAAGCUAAGUAAGAUAAACGAAGGAACCUAUGGUGUUGUCUACAAAGCCAAGGACAGGAAGACGGAGGAGAUUGUGGCACUCAAAAUGAUCAAGAUGAACAUGGAAGACGAAUAUGGAUUCCCAUUGACUUCAUUGAGGGAAAUCAACAUCCUUUUAUCUUGCAGUCACCCAUCGAUUGUGAACGUCAAGGAAGUUGUGGUGGGAAACGGUGGAAGUGUUUUCAUGGUCAUGGAACACUUGGAGCAUGACUUGAGGGGCGUAAUGGACAGGAUGAAGCAGCCUUUUAGCACAAGUGAGGUGAAAUGUCUGAUGAUACAGUUGUUGGAGGGUGUGAAAUACCUCCAUAGCAACUGGAUUAUCCACAGAGAUCUAAAGCCAUCGAAUCUUCUAUUGAACAACAGUGGGGAGCUGAAAAUCUGCGAUUUUGGAAUGGCUCGGCAAUAUGGUAGUCCUAUAAAGCCCUACACGCAGCUGGUUGUUACACAGUGGUACAGGUCCCCGGAGCUUCUUCUAGGAACGAAGCAGUAUUCAACAGCAGUUGACAUGUGGUCGAUUGGGUGCAUUAUGGCUGAAUUGUUGUCUCUGAAACCUCUUUUCAGAGGGAAAAGCCAGAAUGACAUUGACCAGCUUCAACAGAUCUUUGCGGUUCUUGGAACACCAAGUGAGACAACCUGGCCUGGAUUCACGUCGCUGCCAGGUGCAAAAGCCAAGUUUCGUAAGCAACCGUACAAUUUACUUCGUAAGAAAUUUCCUGCUGCGUCUUUUACAGGAGCUCCAGUUCUUUCAGAAUUGGGAUUUGAUUUGUUGAACAGAUUAUUGAGUUUUGACCCCGAGAAGCGCCUAACAGUUGACGAGGCACUUAGCCACGGCUGGUUCAAUGAACCACCUCUCCAGAAAUCCAAGGAGUUUAUGCCGACAUUUCCCCCAAAGCGUAACUGAGAGAUAUGUAUGAAUUAAUGAACUACGAAUAUCAAUAAAAUUUAGUUUUAGAAAAAUUUGUUAGUACAUACUUCAUACAUUUUGUGUAUAUAAAUUAAUUUAUUACGAGGAGGAUGACUCAUUUUAUUUCAGCCCAAAUAGGCGAAUUGAUUACAAACUGAAAACGACAGU